AUGGUAGCAUCGGUUUUGGAAAGGUGGCCUCUGGACACAACCUAUCCUGGAUUCAUGGCUCCCACGACCCUCGUGGCUUCAAACAUGGCACGCCCAUCACUUCUUCCGCCGCCGCUCCUCCUUGCAGUCCAAACAGCUACGCCAAAUCGAACAACGAGUGUUAUCCCAACUCAUACUACGACUCAUACAGCAGCACUGACAGCGACACCACCUGAGGAAUCGUCUCCGAAGCACUCGCUUGUUAGCCUUCUCUGUACGCAGCGCAUGUACACGGGAUACCCAACAAUCCAGACAAAUACCGCGGCAUCUAAACCCCUUCACAUGACGGAGAAGAUCACAGUGGCAGCGUCGUUUUUCUCUACGGAGAAACCAGUGACAGGACUUGACGCAUCGAUCCACGAAUGGCCCGUUCGGAAACCCUAA